CUGAGUUUUAUUAUUUAGAUCAAACAUAAAACUCAAAAUCAUAUUGUGGCGGUUCCGUGGUUCAUAGAAAUGUGAUUAAAAAUUUAAAAUACUAAAUGCGCGAGAGAGGUCGAUGGAGACAGCUCAACCAGCGAGCAAGAAGGCCAGAGUAACCAACCGCGGUACAUGGUCGAGGUGCAGCUACGCAUCUAUGACACAGAUAAGCUAGCGGCAGACAACCUGGCUGCCUGUACGUCGUACGCAUGAGGAGGCCACCUUCACCGGCUACGUGUCAACCGACUCAGAGCGUACUGCUUUUGGCGCUCACUGAGCCCCCCAUUAUAGUCGAAGAUAGCUAUGGUCACCUGGAAAAAAAGGAAGUGAUCACGCCCAAGGCAAAGAUUGAGGGCAAAUUCAUGAGAAUUCUAAGGACGGAUGGGAUUCGUAACACACCGACUUAUGCGAUACAUCUGAAAACGGGGGUCGCCAUGGGAUGUAUCCACAAUAUUCAAAAGAACUCUAAAUACCACCGGCUUUUUCGCCUACUAGGAAUCGCAUGCGAAUGAACAUAGAAUCCGUGGAAGUUACUAAAACCAUUAUCUGUGGAAUAGGAUGCAACUCCAGAUUGCCAGGGCUGCUGAUGAAGUGGACAGAAAAAGUUUCUAUGGAAGGGAUUGCGAAAACAAUUCAAGACCACUGUAUGAAUUUCCUAGCCAUAUGUCCCAUACUAAUGAAGAUCCAUCAGCAACACUACGAAGGGAAUCGCAUGCGAAUGAACAUGGUAUCCGUGGAAGUUUCUAAAACCAUUCUCUGCGGAAUAGGAUGCAACUCCAGAUUGCCAGGGCUUCUGAUGAAGCGGACAGAAAAAGUUUCUAGGAAAGGGAUUGCGAAAACAAUUCAAGACCACUGGUUGAAUUUCCUAGCCAUAUGUCCCAUACUAAUGAAGAUCCAUCAGCAACACUACGAAGGGUGAGUCUGAAUGACAUAGAGGUUAU